UCCAGCGCUGAUGCGGAUAGCCAGAUGGCCGUUCCAGCCUUGCGCUCAAUGAGUGCGAUGAGAGGCCUCCUCCUAGCAGAAGUCGGGGACUCGAUGGUAGAGUUCGACGUGUAUGGAAAGCCUGGGGAAUCCGGGUACCGCGUUGGCCAACGCAUAUCAGCGGAGUCUCUCAUGCCUCCGGGAAGCUCAAAAUUUGCCCCACCACCCCGAAAGGUCCUUUCCGCCCCAGGUCCUGUGGUCGGAAGUAUGGCCAGCCUGGCCACCAGCGCGACUCUUUUCGACGUCGAUGUCGUCCCUGCCCAGAGCGGCGCAGAAAUCAAGCCCCUUCUCGGAAACUCGAAUUCCAGAUUGGAGCCCGGUGCAAUUGUCCACCCUCACCCGGCAUUACGCAACGCAGAUAGCAGCGGAGAUCUCGGCACCGAUUUCAAGCUCGUUGUGCGAGAAAAGGCAAGGUGGAGGUCACGUGUAGAAGUGGACAUCAUACUCGAGAACCACACUUGUGUGCAAGGUAGCUACCUCAAGGGGACAGUCAAGAUUCACAUCAAAAAAGGCUCUAAGAAGGAUACACCAUUGCUGCUUUCUCAGGGGAAAGUCAGGGUCGUCGGAUUUGAGUGCAUACCGCAGAAGGAUAGCAAGUGCACAUUUUAUAAAUACUCAGCUCUUCUAUCGGAAAUUGCUCCAUCGUGGAAAGGUCUCUUCAAAUCACCACCGGAUGAGGAUGGCUGGGCCGAAGCGCAAGAGGGCGUCCACGUCUUUCCGUUCGUGAUGCUUCUUCCUCCAGAUAGUGGCUGCGGCAUGGCGAAAGGGGUGUUGAGCAUAAGCUCCGGAGUGGCGAUUAAAUACAUUGUUAUGGCAGAGAUCAAAGUCAAGGACUCCGCAACAUCCAAAGAAUCCAUCGUUCACUUCUCCCGCGACUGUGAGGUAUGGCCACGUCUAGACGUUGUCUCCACGCUUGCCACAAACUCCCGCCCACUGGUCGCAGAGGUUGCCGCUAGAGUGUUCAUGGGUGGCCCAGGAAAAAUCAAGUUGUCGGCCCGUAUCCAUCGAUACCACUGGGUCGCCGGCCAAAGUUGCACCAUUCAUUUCCGAGUGGUCAAUGACUGCAAGAAAUUAGUAAAAGGCGCCGCCAUUGCGCUAAUACGAACACUGACCGUGUUCAAGCCAAAACCGCACUUGGAUGCUGGGGAUGCUGAUCCGGAUGCUUGUCAAACCUCAACCAAGGCAAAGUGCGUGACGGAAAGCGUCCUUGAGUUGGGACAGCGUUGCUCUAAGGGACAUGCGAGCGCAAAAGGGUGGUGGACAGGUGUCGCUCCUGGUCAGACGAGCGAGUUCAACCACUCUGUGAUAUUACCGCCCGACGUUCACUCUAUUGCCCGAACACGACUGCUGGAGGUUGAGUACACGCUUCGCAUAAGUGUAGGAAUUGGAAGAUGUUCCUCGGAUGUACACGUCAUCUUGCCAAUUCGAAUCGUCAACUUUCUUUCGCUCGACCCUCCACCUACGGUGCCACUCCACACUCAAAGCAGGCAACGCCCCAUGCCCGAGUUUACGAAGCGCGAAUCGUGGUACCGAAAGUCGCGUGCUACAAGCAGGGAUCUUGUAGAAACCGACGAGACGGUCCCUGGUAUGAAAUAUGCCAGGGACAUAACAAUUGCCACAGAGCCAGAUAAUGUUGACGAGAUGCCCGUCUUGAGUGAAGAACAUCAUCAAAACCCGAACACAAGUGUAGAUUCGGCGUCUAUUUACUCACCUUCUCAGUCUGCGGACACCAUCGGA